GAAGCAGCGUCUAAGAUUAACCAGCAGCGCCUUCGAGAUAAGUCUAAAGCAACAGCAAGUGAAGAGCCUACACAGUCCUCUGACCCCCAUGCCACGCAAUAUGCUAGCACUACUAGCUACGCUCUCGAUGAUAAUAUCAAGAUGAAAUUCAAUUCCGGCGCCCCUGGCUCCAGUUAUGAUUCUAGAAAGUAUGCCGAGGAAUAUGAUAGGGCCGAGGCAUCAUUACUUGACCGUGAAUGGGACAUAUCUCGUUACGGCGACCCGUUAACUAACGCUAUUAUCUAA